AUGUAGUCUGGAAUGAACCAGAGGCCAACGACCUGGUAUCAAUAAGCGAAAGCCUCUCUCUGUUUAAUCCCGUAGACUCCAUUGAAAGUGUCACUUCUCCCAGUGGUUACGACGACCACGACUCUGGCGCCAGCUCCGCUUUCUACCCGCAGCAUGAUUUGGGAGCCACAGAACAGGUUUCAAGUGAUUAUGGAAGUUUGGCAAAUUAUGGCAUUUCUGGGGAAAACCCAGAUAUUUUCUCAAGUCCUGCUGAUGAUCAAAAUGAAGUUCAGUCAACAAGCCACAACCUCCCUGAACAAAAGCUUUUAUUAGGAAGGUCCCUUUCUUUCAGUAGCCAUGUGACUGCAUCACCUGUAACAGACAUCCCAUCUCGAGAUCUCAGCUUCUAUUCAAGUAAGAAAUUAAUUCUAAAACCUCUGUCCUCUGAGAAAACUAUGCAACAACCAACAUAUCUUUCUCCCAGUGGAGACUCUUUAACUCGGUAUCAAAAGAGUAGAGAUUUCCAAACAGAGGAGCAGCCCAGAAUGACUGAAGCUCCGCAGAAGCCUUUUGAUUCCUAUAGCAAAAGUGUACUUGUUAGAGCACCAAGAAAACAAUUCUACUUGCCAGGUGUGUCCAAACACAAGGAAAGACCUGACAAAUCAGCUGCUAAAUAUAGACCCACUGUUGGGAAGGAAUCAAAAAAUAUGAACUCCGCUCCCAUCAUUCACCUGCCUGAAUCUUCUGGUUCCAACUUUGACCUUUCACCUCAGAGGAGUAGCAGUUACGUGGGCGUCGAAGCAAGUGACUCUCAGGAUCAAGUGUUUAGCAAAAAGCUGCCGCUCAGAUCUCACCUGUUCAGUGUGGAACCUUUCAGCUCCCAACAGCCAAGCAGUCAUGAUGGCUAUCUCCCAAACCAGAGAGUCCGUGUUUCCCGUCCAUCCAUCGGUGCGCAGGCACAACAUGAGAAAUCUGGCCUGUCCAGGCAGAAUCGAGUGUCCGCCAUUCAGGAACCAAAACUGAUGAAUGACUAUGCUCCUAUUCAACGUUCUCGUGGCUUAGAUUCCACCCAGAGGGGGAUCUCAUCUCAGAUUGAUGAUGUUCAGACCAGUUAUCCAGCUAACUCUCCCCCCAACUCAAAACUAGAAGUAUUUUCAAGAUUAUUUGGCAAUGAAGUAAUUUCCGAAAACUUUGAAGUCAGGAACACAAGUUCUGGAAGGUUUCCAUCUGGUGAUACACAUAAAAAAAAACGCAACCCCCAAGGCAUUUCUCUAAAUGAUGAAUCUGUGGGUGAUACCACAACUGACCCUCUGCAUAUCUUAACACAACCGACCAAUGUACAGAAGCGUCUGGUCAAUGUGAACAGAAAGCUCAGCACCACGGCCUCCCGCCCCUCUAAAACACUGUCCACAUCCAAAGUGUCCGCUUCUACUCCCGUUGGUGUCUUUUGGAGAAAAAGUGGAAACACAAAAAGGCUUCCACCUCAAAGAGGCUCCAAAGCAUCACCAAAACCCAUAAACACAUAUGUUAAGCAGUCAAGAAACAGCUACGUAAGGAGCAAAGUAUUUCUAUCAAAAUCCCGUUAUUCACCAUAUCAGCACGCUGAAGACAAGACCAUUAAAGACCAAUGGAAAUCUGACCCAGCACAAGAAAAAGCCCCGCUGUUUGAUGGAGGUGGAGAAAAGUGGUGGAAGAAUCAACUCUUUCAGUGAGAGAGGAAAUGGUCCGAUCCCUGAUUGGCCGAGAGUAAUUUGUGAUUCAGUAAAAGAAAAGUUGGGAAAGUGAGCCACCGUGUGCUUGUCUAUAGAAGAGUCACUGAGGAAGGAGGUGCACCUACCAGUCUACAUCCUGGACAUGAUCUGGUCCGUAGAGGGCCAGAAGAGUGUUCUUCAGAAACUCUAUGGGAUCACUGGGACAUGACAGACCAGCAGCUGUCAGCAAGCUCUGUUGUCAAAGAAUAUUCUAAUAAAGAUAAUGACCCAUUGAUCAAGAAUAAUGAAGAUUCAAGUGGUUGUCAAAGAAACAGAUGGUCCUCAUGUGUAUAAAGGACUGAGGAGCUGACCUCAGGGCUGUGGUUCUCUGUAAUGUAACUGUCCACAUUAGUUUCACUUAAAGGUUAAUGGUGUAGAAUUUAAUGACAUCUAGUGGUAAAUGUGCAUGUUGCAGCUGAAUACCACUC